CAGGGAGCUCAGCAGCGUAGCAGCCGAGCAGUGGCAAAGCCUUGGUUUGGUUCCGGCCGACGAGCAUGUUCCACUCCGUCGCUCGCCUUUAUGUGAAAUCUAGCAGACAGAGUUACCCCAGCUCAGUAGGGCUCUCCAGAAGAUAAAUUCCUUCUGAGUGUCCUGAGAAUCGGCAGGAGUCGUAGGACACACGUAAACAAGAGGUAUCAGGUGCUCCAUGCCGCUCAGGGAUUGAUUUAAUUGUUUGCGUCGUUCGACACUUUAAAAAGUGCUCUCUGGCCGGGUGGAGUGCCAUUUAACGGACUGUGUCGGGCAGGAGAUGACUGGCUUAUUAAUUUUGAUCUGAGGUUGAGAGUGAAGUUACGAGGGACCGAGAGUGAUUUAAUGUGGUUGGUUGUCAAGCAGCAGCAAGCGUGGUGAUUUGCUCCUGGACGCUACGAUCUGACCUAUCAGUUGGUUAAACGAUCACUCCUGAAUGCGAGCACACAGAUUCAUGUGUACACAUGCCCGAAGCGAGACAGAGAUAGAGAAAGUGAAUCCAUUCAUCUAUUGUAUUGGAUACACCCCCCCCCCCCACCCAAUCGCCGUGUAUGUACAGUGUACACUGAGGUGGAUUGACACAGGGGCUAGUGACGGCAAGCAUUAUUCAGUGCCCUGGCCUAUAGAAAUCUGCAGGUGUUUAGGAGACAGAUUAGAGCGAGGUAGCCUUGAAGUGUUUGGACCAUUGUCUACCUGUGCCUUCGUCACUGCUGCCUGCCUUCGCUGGCCUAUUAUUCUCCUCCGGGGCUGUCUCUCAGUGCAUGCUCUCCAGCUUGGUUCACAUAAGACUGUGAGCAUAAGACCUUACUGAUUUAGAUACCACCAUGGACUUUGCUAGUGUCGCAGCAUUGCAAGGCGUAACUCCCAUGUCUAUGAUCCCCCACCCACUGACUCUAGGACAUACAGGAACCGUACCAGUCACCGUACCCUACUCCGUACCCGUCGGCAUCCCCAACCCUCAUCACAUUACCUUUCCCUUUGCUGGUUAUACAUCUCGCAAACGAACUCUGCGGGGUUCCGAUGAGCUGAUGGCCACACCCAAUGGAACCACUACUACUAACGUCGUCCUAGGAAGCCAAGAUGCAGGCUCGCCUAAUUCUAACGAUCAUGAUGCCAAGAAGGUAACAAAAUACAAAAAACCAAAGAAAAAGAUAAAAGACAGACCCAAACUACCCCUUUCCUCUCGUCAAUCGAGAGUAAGGUAGCUACCCCUCCCCGAGUUACCCCCUCCCCCCUUAACCCUGCUUUGUGACAUCUCGCUGCCUUUCUAGAGCUUUUAUUUUAGCUGAUUUCAGUUGCUGACAAAAACAAAAAACAAACAAACACAAAAAAAAAGGGGAAAAAAAGAAAGAAAUCAAAAUAGAAAAGAUAACACCAAAUUGAGCUAAAUUCUUAGUGGCAUACUAAAGUGCAUUAGCUGAGAGAUAAAUUGAAAGGAAGAUAGACAAAGCUUUUGCACGAAUGUGUUGCAAAAUGCCAAAUGCCAUGAAGAAAGGAAAACAAAUUAUUCCUUAUCUUCAAUUCUGGGGUACUUGAUUUUAUCAACCUUAGGGAUAAAAGCUGAGAAAUACCUUCCGAAAAAUUCUAUUUGGGAUGAAAUCAUUUCAUAAUUGAAACCUUUCUAAAUUUUUGUUAACCAGGUAAUCUGGAGGCUUCGCUUUUUAUGAUUUGUAUUCUUUCUGGAGCAUUUUGUUGUGUAAAGCUAUUUAGGCAAAAGAGAAAAAGCUCUAUAGAUAUUAGUUGUCAUGCUCCGAAAAUCUCUUAGAUUAUCCCUCCCCAUCCAUACCCCUUCCAACCCUUUUAAACAAUUUUUACCAAUAAGUUUCAAGAAAGAAUAAGAUCAAAAGUUAGGCUGAACACAAAAACAA